AUGGCAAUGCCUACCCUUCCCAAGGAGCCUGUCGCCGCGCUUGUCGCCGAGUCUGACACCAAUGAGCUUGCAAAUUUGGGCUUGUUUGGUGAUGUCGAUGAUCUGUUUGAACUUCCUUUCAAGAUAGGUCGAUCUCUCCUCAAGCCUCUCACAGAAAAAAAGUUUACCACCCCUGAUGGGCGGCGCAUAAGUUUGUUGGGGCUAAUCACGGAGGAUAUGAAACGUCAAAUCGCGGAACAGGAGAGACUUGAGGCCGAGGGCGCUGAUGAAAACGAUUCCACUCAGCCUGGCACCGAGAACGAGCCUGCCACCGAGGGCGAGCCUGCCACCGAGGAUGGUGCUAAGGAUGACGCCGCUAUGGAAGCCUUGGUGUCCGUGUUCAAGGGGCUUUCAGAACAGAUUGAGAAAGAGAAGAACUACUAA